CAAGAGCAUGUCACGUGACCCAGUGACGUCAGGAGGUUCGUUUCCUGCUUGGAGUUUAGCCGCGACCCUGGAUACUGUAUUGUUACAUCAUUGGUCGUCUUGCCCCAAGGGUACCGUACACACUGGCAGGAUUCUUCAUCAACAAUACUCUUGCAUUGUGUCGAAGUCAUCAGUCGUGGACGCCCGCUUUUCUGAAUUCAGUCUGACGGGUCAUCCGGAGUUUACGCUGCGGCCACCUCCCAUUGCGCUGAUGUAACAGCUCACCAAAUAAUGGACCUCAAUGCUUAUGGGAACCCUUGGUAUAGGUGAAGUGACUGGGUGUGUGGAUUUUUACAAUCAAGGAUUGAAUCCAGAAAGUUUAAAACCAGUUUCUAAUAACCUGCGCCCGGUGAUUCCAAAGACAUGUCCUGCUCAGAAGCCUCAUCCUCAAGUUACCACAGAACAUCCCGAGAACGUGAGGACGUUGGGAAACAUCCUGACUUUGUUACGAUAUCUGACGAGGGAACGUUGGACUUCAGACCAGGCUGCAACCAGACAGCCCAGGAUCUUGUCAACUCAAUACUAUCCCCUAGGACCUGGGAGAAGUAUCUGGCCUCCUGGAAAUCCUGGAUGCAGUUCAAGAAAGCAGCUCGCCAAAGAGGUUGGUGUCGGGCAGAGAAAAUUAUGGUGGAUUUCUUUGAACAUCUAAUAGCCAGUGGGUACAGUCGAGGCAAAGUGGUGGGCACCCUGGCCGGGAUCUCCUUUUGCUUGCAGAUCAUGGAAAAAAAAGAUGUCACCAAACUGUUUAUUAUCCAGCAAAUGCUGACAAGUUGGAGAAACAGGGAGAUGGAAGAUACCGUGGAGACAGAGAGCAACGGUGACUAUGGCGAGCUCCUGACCCCUGAGAUGCUUGGUUCUGUGCUCUACGCCACCAAAAAGGUUUGCUUUGACAACAAUGAGAGCCGACUGUUUUCUGCGGUCUUCACAUUGGCAUUUUAUGGGCCCUUUGACAUGGAAGAGCUGGCGGCAAGAAGCAAAGAUGAAGACGGCACAGGACUGGCAUUCAAAGAUGUCAUCUUAGAGCGAAAUUCUGUAUAUUGCAAGAUGCAGAAAGCCCGAUCCAACAAAAGCCAAUGGGUGGAGGUUAAAAAGCGAGAUGACAAAUUUUUAUGUCCUUUAAACAGAAUUAAGAAAUUCUUGGAGGUGAGGCCAGAUGGGGGUAAAAACUUUUUUAUCCAUGAAAAUGGAACGCCUCUAACUCAGUUCCAGUUCAGCAGGGUCCUAUCUUUUGCCUUGGAGGAAGCAGGUCUAGAUUCUAGACGGUUUGGGCCUCAUUCUCUAUGUUGUAAGACAUGAAUAUGCUAUGCUGUGGGCAGGUGGUAAUAUUUGCAAAUGGAAAAUGCAUGCAUUAGAUUUAAAAUAUUUCAGUUAGAUGUCUUAGAUGGAUUGGAGAACCUAUAAUGUGUUAGGAAAUUUUUUUUUUAAUCCUUCAUCAAAUCAGAAUCUUGAAAUGAAGUUAAGUUUAGCUGACUGAAGGUAGUCAAUGUAGGUUAGUACAGGGAUACACUGCCAAGUAUCUGUCUACUAAAGGAACACUUAGGGUUCCUACACAUGCAGAUUUGCACUGGCAUUUUUUGCCAGUUAAAUAUAGCAGAAUAACAGCAUGCAUUUCCUUUUAAUAUGGCACAUACUUUUUCAGCAGUUAUUGGGGGUCAUUUACAAACAGAUAUUUUGGCGUAUAUCUGUCGCAGAUUGCAGCGCAAAGGUUAUUUGCACUGCAAUCUGUUACUUUUUCCCCUUGUUCACCGCUUUCGGCAGGUUUAAAAAAGUGGACAGGGACAUUUAUAAUUUCUACGUGUGUUUUGGGCCGAAUGCACACU